AUGUUGUUCAGUGCUUGGACCGGGUUUAUGGGGUCGUCGACGAUGCGCAUGGACUUUUUGCGGAUUGCCCUGUGCUGCUCGGCCGUCAUUUGCUGUCGGUGUACACCAUUUCAAAAGGCCGCGGUGACGCGCCUCGUCCGCAACAACGUAGAUGGUCUCGUGCUGUCGGUAGGCGAUGGGGCUAAUGAUGUGGCUAUGAUUCAGAAGCCGAUAUUGGUGUGGGGAUCACGGGCGUUGAGGGCAGCCAAGCUGCCAAUGCCUCCGAUUUUGCUAUCUCCUAGUUCCACCACCUGGAUCGACUGCUGUUUGUACACGGAACAACGUGCUUUCACCGGAUCUCGACCGUCGUGCUCUUCUCGCUCUAUAAUGAAUCUCAUCGAGGUUUCACUGAAUAUGUUCUACGGCUUCGACAAUGGCAAGUACCCGGACAACCCGGUGGCUCGACGAGUCGACGAUGGUCCGCUACAACCUCACCUACACCUGUCGGCGAACGCGAUGCUCCACGGUGCCAUGCUGUACUAUGCGUAUCGGAUCCUGGUGGCGCUGAUGGGGGAGGUUGAAUGUUCCCGAGUGGCCGUGACGGUUGGGGCCAGAUGGGUGGCUCGUGGCUGUAUUCGCCUCUACCGUACUCUCUACCCCUCCAUCCCUCCACCGUGUCAUCCAGUCGUUGGCAAAGAAAGUGGGCGGUUUUUCUCACUUCCUGUAUUCGGUCCUGGGGAUACCGUACUCGACACGUUCCGCCAGCCGAUGAUCCUCCUUGCCGACGUCGUCGGGCUGGAAGCAGGAGCUGGAGAGUGGAAAAACCAAAAUAAACCUGCCAAGCCGAGCACCAUCUGGUCGAGCAGAGCCCGUCUCGUCCACGAAAUCCCUCAACUCGCGCAACCCCCCGGCAUGUCAAAUGGGUGCGGUAGCCCCGGCUUUGGGUCAUCUUUUAUUUACCAGGCAUCACACCCCACCGCCGAGCCGAUCAUCACCGAAGAGCCGGUCGUUGCCAAGCCGAAUGAUGAACACAAACCAAGCCCUAGCUCCUCGGUGAGCACUCCAGCAGAAAUCGAUGGGAUUGGCAGACGCCCUGGCGCAUUCGUGCCGCUCUUCAACAUGUCGAUCACC